UCCCGACAGCAACUCCGUCCGUCAUCCCCCCUCCGUCUGUCGACCAACAGGAAGGGCAGCGCCUCGGGGGGUGACGUCACGCGUCUGACGCAGAUCUAGCCCCGCCUCCGGUCUCAGCGCUUUUAUAUGAGGCGCUGAGGAAAAGCCGGUUCAGAGCGUUGUCUGACUCUCGUCGUGGAUGUAAUCACUGCAGAAUUCCUGCGAGGGUAUUAGCCUCGAGAGCCGGAUGAAGAAACAGAUCCUGCUUCUCUUCACAUAUCGAGGACUCGUACGGAAGGGCAAGAAAAGUAAACGGAGAAAAUGGCCAAAUUUAUACUGCGGAACGCUGAGCCCAGUGACGUGCCGGAUAUCCUACGGUUGAUCAAGGAACUAGCCAAGUUCGAGGAGAUGGAGGAGCAGGUCGUCCUGACGGAGAAAGAACUCCUGGAAGAUGGUUUUGGGGACCACCCGUUCUACCGCUGCCUCAUUGCUGAGGUGCCCCAGGAGUGGCGCAGUGCUGAAGGUCACACGGUGGUUGGCUUUGCCAUGUACUACUUCACAUAUGAUCCCUGGAUCGGAAAGCUGCUGUACCUGGAGGACUUCUAUGUCAUGAAGGAGUUCAGAGGCUGUGGAAUUGGGUCUGAGAUCCUGAAGGUCCUCAGUGAUACAGCUGUGAAGACGCGUUGCAGCGGCAUGCACUUCAUUGUGGCUGAGUGGAACAAGCCAUCCAUAGAGUUCUACAAGCGGCGGGGGGCUUCAGAUCUCUCGCUCGAGGAGGGCUGGCGGCUGUUCGAGAUUGGCAAGGAGUGUCUACUGAGAAUGUCUGCCGAGUAGGUGCCCAGGAGGGAGACCUGAAGGGCAUCUUGUAACCACCUGCUUAUUAGCUAUGAAACCUUUGUUUCCAACCAGAUGUUCAAUAAACUCACUCAAUGAGGAA